AUGUCUGAUCUUUUGCAGGACUUUAAGGAUAUCUUUCCAAAGGAUAAUCCCACAGGUUUGCCUCCUGUUCGUGGCAUUGAACAUCAGAUUGAUUUUUUUCCAGGAGCCACACUCCUAAACCGUCCAGCAUACCGCACCAAUCCGGUCAAAACAAAAGAAGUACAACGCCAAGUUGAUGAGCUCAUGGAAAAAGGCCAUAGCGGAGAGAUCUUGAGCCCUUGUGCUGUCCCGGUCUUGCUGGUGCCAAAGAGAGAUGGUAGCUGGCGCAUGUGUGUUGAUUGUCGGGCAAUCAACAAUAUCACUGUAAAGUAUCGCCAUCCCAUUCUUAGACUUGAUGAUAUGCUUGAUGAAUUGCAUGGUUCUAGUAUCUUUUCUAAGAUUGAUAUUAAGAGUGGUUAUAAUCAGAUUAGGAUUAAAGAAGGUGAUGAAUGGAAAACCGCAUUUAAAACUAAGCAUUGUCUAUAUGAGUGGCUUGUUAUGCCAUUUGGUCUCACUAAUGCUCCUAGUACAUUCAUGCGGUUAAUGAACAAUGCCCUUAGAGCAUUCAUUGAUAACCUUGUCUUCUUAGGCUUUGUUGUGAGUGAAGAUGGAGUUAAGGUGGACGAAGAGAAGGUUAAAGCCAUUAGAGAUUGGCCGGGUCCUAAGACUGUUGGAGAAAUCAAGAGCUUCCAAGGCUUAGCCUGGUUCUAUCGGAGAUUUGUUAAGGAUUUCAGCACCUUGGCCACACCAUUUACAGAAAUCAUCAGGAAAGACACUGGAUUCAAGUUGGAAAAGGCUCAAGAGGAUGCUUUCCAGGCGCUCAAAGACAGACUUACUAACGCCCCUGUUUUGAUCUUAUCUGAUUUUCUUAAAACUUUUGAAAUUGAGUGUGAUGUCUCAGGUCAGCAGAAACUCAACAAGAGACAUGCCAGAAGGGUUGAGUUCAUUGAGACAGUUCCAUAUGUCAUCAAGUACAAGAAAGGUAAGGAUAAUUUAGUUGAUGAUGCAUUAUCCCAAAGGUACACUCUAAUCUCUACUCUUGAUUACAAGAUGGGUUUCUCUUCUAUGAGAACCGCUUGCGUGUGCCUAACUGCUCUCGUCGAGAUUUAUUUGUCAGGGAAGCACAUGGAAGAGGCCUUAUGGGACAUUUUGGCGUGGCCAAAACUCUUGAGGUUCUCUAAAUUGGCGCAUUUCAUAGUAUGUCAUACGACUUAUGAUGCAUCUCAUGUAGCUGAGUUGUUCUUUAAAGAGGUUGUUCGUUUGCAUGGCAUGCCUAGGACUAUUGUGUCUGAUAGAGACACCAAGUUUCUGAGCUAUUUCUGGAAAACAUUGUGGUCUAAACUUGAUGAUUCAGAUUUGAAGUCACAUAUUUUUCAAGAGAGAGGGGAUGAUAUGACUAUGGCCGAGGUCAUGGACAAGGAGCAUGAGGGACAGCAUGAACCAAAGGAAGGAAAGUUUGUAGCAGAGGAAGCUUUGGCCGGACCAAUGGGUCCAAUGACUCGAUUUCGCACUAAGUACUCAACCAGACCAUUGGUUUGA